AUGGCUGAUGCGGGGGACCGCAUGUUCUGUCAUGCGUGUGGUGGAGUUUGGCUGAAAAAUGCUGCUAAUGGGUUGGACUGUCCUCACUGCCAGUCUGAUUUCACAGAGAUUAUUGAAAUCCCGCCUGAUACGGAAGACUCCUCCUCUCGACCCACGAAUGACUCCCCACCCCGCGAAGAGAAUAAUCAACCCAACGUCAACCCUUGGGCCGAUCAUAACCCCUGGGCAAAUGAAGAGGGCUAUGGAGGAGACGACAACACAUGGCGGCCGGGGUUCUCACGUCGUACAUAUAGGUCCCCCGAUGGCCGGUUUACUUUCACAACCACCACCACCACUUUGGGUGGCGGCGGCUUUCACAUGGGCCGAUCCAUGGACCAAAGACAAAUGCCCAUAGACCCAUUGAUACCGGUGGUGCGCAGCUUGGACACUAUAUUCCACGGGUUGGCCGACACCUACCGGCAUGGCCAGAAUCAGGAUCAGAACCAGAAUCAAAACCAAAAUCGGAACGCCACCGGUCAGGAGAAUGAAACGGUCGCCGACGAGCAUCGUGCGCGGAGUGAGUCACCCGAAUUCCGUGCAACUGGCAGGCUAUUUGCGCGAGAUGCGGAUGGUCCGCAGCCGAUGGCACCACCUUUCGGCACCCUCGGAGAUAUCCUCGAACUGUUUCGCGCCGACUUUGGGGGCGGUAUGGAAGGUGGAGGAGUGCGUGUGAUGACGGGUCCGAAUCCCCUGGCCAUGCUUUCGACUCUGCUCAACUUCGAUCGACACGGGGAUGCGGUGUACUCGCAGGAGGAACUGGACCGGGUUAUCUCGCAGUUGAUCGACCAGAAUCUCAAUCGAACUGGGGCUCCCCCGGCUCCGCAAAGCGCUAUUCGGGCCCUGCCGAAGAAGAAAGUCGAUGAGGAGAUGCUAGGCAGUGAUGGCAAAGCAGAGUGCUCGAUUUGCAUGGAGCAAGUCGAACUAGGCACGGAAGUCGCUGUCUUACAUUGCAAACACUGGUUUCACUAUCCCUGCAUUGAAGCCUGGUUAAGCCAGCAUAAUACAUGUCCGCAUUGUCGCAGGGGGAUUGAUAUCCCACAAGCUGAAGGAACCAGGCAGGAUCCUGUUGUCAUUAACGACAGUCCUGAACCUCCAUCUCCCGAGCGCCGUCGUAGUAGUGGUCUAGCUCAGCAUAGCGAACAGGCCCCUCCCACAUGGGGUGAACAUCCGUCGUGGAACACGUCAGAAUCAAACGAGCAUAACCAAGGCCAAUCCAGUCACAAUGAAGGUAGCAGUAGCGGUGGUGGCAACGGAGGGUUUACCGGGUGGGUUAGGAGUCAUUUUGGGGGCAGCUAA